AUGACCGAUAUGACUCUCCAAGGAAAGGUCCGAGUUGCGCUGGUCGGCGAUGCCGCGUGCGGCAAGACGGCAUUGGCCGUCAAGUUCACCCAGAACCUCUUCAUUGACUACUACUGUCCCACUGAGUCCGUAGAAGACUUCUCCAGCGAAAUAGAAACACGCAAGGGCGUCUGUCAUCUCACCGUCCUCGACACCUCGUCGAGCAAUGAAGCAGUCCGCGGCCUCUCGUACGUUUGCUCCAACACCGUCGUUCUUUGCUUCGAUCUGACGCGUAAAGAAACGUUGAAGAGCGUAGAGAGCAAGUGGCUGCCCGAGCUGAACAGAAACUGCCCCGGAGUUCCGUUCAUCAUCGCCGGGUGCAAGAGAGACGAGAUGUGCGACGGGCCUCAAGGUUGCGUAUGCGAGGAAGGAACCUGCUGCGAUCUCGGCGAGGAAGAACUAACUGAACUUCUCUCGCGAACGGGAGCCAGCGCCUACUUCGAUUGCUCAGCAGUGACCGAUGAAAACGUGGAAGCUAUCUUCGGCGUGGCGGCCGAGUGCGUCCACCCCAAGCGAAAAAACUAUGCCAAGCGACUCGUGGCCUCUAUAAAGAAGAAGCUGUCUCGUCUGUGAACAAAGAAAGAAUUCCUCUCCACAAUUCGACACAAAGAUCUAGGGUUUCAUUUUCAUACCCUAGCUGCUUGAUCAUGAUGAAAUCCAUGGACAGAUAUAUAGCAACCAUUCUCCGACGACCGAUUGAACUCAUUUGCACACUUUUCUGAAUAUUCAGAUGUUAUUAUUUUUGCCACUUUAAAUAUACAUAUAAUAUUAUUAUCAUUUGCA